AUGCUCAGACUGAGCAGCGGGGCGCUGCACCACAACACGCAAACUACUGCAAAAAACCACGCUGGGGAGGAAACUAUUCAUCCCGAAAGGAGCAGGGAAAACAUUUUCGUUCACACUGCGAUGCCAGCGCACUUUUUGGCACUCUAGGAUCGCCGGAGAAGUGUGUUUUAGGACAGCGACCGGGAAAGGGAAACUUUUUAUUCUGUGGGGAAAGCUCGCCUGAGAUUUAAGGAUAAAGAUGACGCUCAAGUACAGCCAGCGGUCUAUAAUAGUUCUGUGUUUACUGGGGAUUUUAUCGGCCAUCAUGUCUGUUUUAUCGGUCAUUUUGAUUUUCCAGCUUCAGUCUCAACAGACGGCAGUGAAGGAGUCUCCCCCUUCCACCUCUGCGCUCAUCCCCGUCCAGAUCUGGGCCGUGCUGCUGCCUGUGUCCACGGUGCUCUCUGCUCUGUCCCUCAGCCUUCACCUGAGCUCUAUGGUGGUGUGUCUCCUCCACAGCUACUUCUCUACAGAGGUCUGCAGAGGAGAGCAGGAUACUGACAGAGCAGACUGGUUCCUUUUGGAUAGCAGAGCUGUACGACACGUGGCUAUCGGACUGUUCUGCCUCGGGGUUUCUGUCUACUUGGCAGCUAUGUCCCUCUUUAUGCUCCUCAUAUUUGAGGUGGAGACUGGCAUUGCAAGCGCUUGCGUGCUCUCCUCUGGGAUCUUAAUCCUACUGGUUGUUGUGAUCCACUCUCUGGUCAAAGCUUCUUGUAGUGCCAAGCGCUAUCACAGCGACCACCUCGACACCCUCUUCCAGAACGACCAUGGAAGUGGUGACACGCCCGUCUCCCGGCACUGCGAGCUAAAAAUUGGCGUGGACAAACCGCGGAUGCACCGCAGCCAGUCUCACCUCCAGCAUCCGAUAUCCUACCCUCAAUGUGGCAACCCGAGACAGCAACCCUACCAGCCACAGCAGUACUCCCCUGCUGCAGGCUCCCAGGGCCAUGCUAGCGAUAAAGACGGCUACAGCAGCGGUGGCAGUUGUCCCAGGAUGCACAGGACCCUGUCUACUGAAUCUGGUCUACUGCAGGCCCAGGCUAAACCCUGGAAUGGGAUCAACAAUGAAAUGAGGAGCGUCCUUGCACGCAAGUCAGGGAUUUCUGCAAAAGACUCGACUCUUGUGUGACAUAAAGGAAGUUGAGUUUGUGGUUUAAGACUCUGAUGACCUAUAAGCAUCAUAAAGAGGACUGCUAACACAAGUGUCAUCUCAAGCAGAUCAGUUUGUACCUUUUUACACUCAGCAUGUUUAUCAUGGCUGACUGCAGACAUCAUGGGACUAAGAUGGAAAAAGUUUAAACCCUUAACUGAUUUCUCCUCUUCAGAUUAUAAAUCAAUUUUAUUUGGAUGAAAGCAUAUGAAAGCACAAUUUUUGUAUCACUUGUAGUGUUUUGUAUGAAUGAGCUUGAUUUAAAUCUCACCAUUGUUGCCCAAGUAUCAAUCUGGCAAAUGUAUAGCUUUUAUUGUAAUAAUGUGAAUACCUUAUUCUGCUGUAUAUGGUGGCUUUCUGCCAAAUAUUUGUGCACAGUGUGCAGAUGUGUUUUGUUAUGUGUUGUUCAAAAUG